AUGCUGCAUCUCAAGAAUAUCGCCAAGUCAGUGGUUCCGCCGCUUAAGAAUUCUGUUCAAAAUGAAGCUCUCAAUACAAUGUUCCGAAUCAUACCAGCUGGAGUGAAUGUCUGCUGCCGCACGUACGCUAGUCAUGAGAUUCCAGAUAAGCUCAAAGAUAUUCCUACAAGUGCGAAUCCGAAGUUCUUCCACAUGGUAGAAUAUUUUUUCCACCGAGCCUGUCAAGUUGUCGAAGACAAGCUUGUUGAAGAUUUGAAGUCAAGGACACCCAUUGAAGAGAAGAAAAAGAAAGUAGCCGGUAUUCUAAAACUUAUGGAACCAUGCGAUCACAUUCUUGAGAUUCAAUUUCCUCUGAGGCGCGAUUCUGGCGAUUACGAAAUGAUAUUAGGCUAUCGCGCACAACAUUCCACACACAGGACUCCAACCAAAGGAGGUAUUCGAUUCUCAACGGACGUAACAAGAGAUGAAGUUAAGGCGUUAUCAGCUUUGAUGACCUUCAAGUGCGCGUGCGUGGACGUGCCUUUCGGCGGUGCUAAGGCCGGUAUCAAGAUCAAUCCCAAAGAAUACUCCGAGCAUGAACUGGAAAAGAUCACUCGUCGUUUCACCCUUGAACUUGCCAAAAAAGGAUUCAUUGGGCCUGGCGUGGAUGUCCCCGCUCCUGACAUGGGUACCGGCGAACGAGAAAUGUCUUGGAUCGCCGAUACUUAUGCGAAGACCGUCGGUUUUCAAGACAUCAACGCUCACGCCUGCGUCACUGGCAAACCUAUUAACCAGGGUGGCAUCCACGGCAGAGUUUCAGCCACGGGCAGGGGCGUAUUCCACGGCUUGGAGAACUUCAUCAACGAAGCCAACUACAUGAGCAUGAUCGGUACAACCCCCGGUUGGGGUGGCAAGACGUUCAUCGUCCAAGGUUUCGGUAACGUGGGACUCCACACUUGCCGCUACCUGGUCCGCGCCGGCGCCACUUGCAUCGGAGUUAUCGAGCACGACGGCUCCAUUUACAACCCUGAUGGCAUCAACCCUAAGGCCUUGGAGGACUACAGAAUCGAGAACGGUACGGUAGUCGGUUUCCCCGGCGCUAAGGCCUACGAAGGCGAGAACAUGCUUUACGAGAAGUGCGACAUUCUUGUACCCGCCGCCAUCGAACAGGUCAUAAACAAGGACAACGCUCACAGGAUCCAGGCUAAG